GUCGCCGUGGCAGCAAAUACAACAAUAACAAACAAAAACAAUCCUAAACAAGGACGUGGAGUAGGAGCAGGGAGGACAAAUCACCAUCAUUCAUCCACAAAUGUACUGGCUACUGACCCUGCUAAUCCUACUGCUCUAUACAACAACCAGCCAACAAAUUAACGCGGAUUGCAAUGACUUACUGAUGGGUCAAUUUAUGUGCCCGGAUCCUUCAAGAAACGAUCACAUUGAUCCCAAAACACAACAAUUGCGCGGUUGUACCAAGGAUAAUCGAGCACGGGUGUGGUGCAUAGCUGCCAAUGAGAUCAAUUGUACGGAAACGGGAAAUUCAACAUUCACCAGGGAAAUGCCCUGCAAAUGGACGAAUGGCUAUCACCUGGACACAACGCUUUUGUUAUCCGUUUUCCUAGGAAUGUUUGGUGUCGAUCGAUUUUAUUUAGGCUAUCCAGGAAUUGGUUUACUCAAGUUUUGCACUUUGGGCGGCAUGUUCCUGGGUCAACUAAUUGACAUCAUACUGAUUGCCCUUCAAGUGGUUGGACCCGCCGAUGGUUCCGCCUAUGUUAUACCUUAUUAUGGCGCCGGAAUACAUAUAGUACGUAGCGAUAAUACCACAUAUCGUUUACCCCGUGACGAUUGGUGAUGGUCGGCAGAACCUAUGACUAUGACUGAUGGGCGUAAAGGUAGAAGCAAACCUAUUGUUUGGUGUACAGUAAUAGAUCAUGUUAAGUCCUUGUUAUACCUUAAGUUUGGCUUAUGACACACUAAUACACACACACACACAUACACAGGAAACACUAAGCAACGACUGCUCCAGAAACAACAACAAAAUCAACUCUCAGAUUCAGAUUUAGUAUUAGAUUUUCUCUAGAUUUAUAAGUGUAAAGAAAUUGUUGCCCUAAGUUGCAUUGUUUAGUUUAAGAUCUAUACUCAAGGUAUAUAAAAACGACGAAGAACGUGUAGACAAAUUGUUUGCCAAUAUAUAUAUAUAUAUAUAUAUUUAAAGAUAUAUAGAUAUAUAAAUAGUAAUGAAACGAUUUUAAAUGGCUA